GUAGUGUGAGCCUGAAACUUUCCGGAAUCGCAUGUGGAUCCGCAGCACAUCGCGCGCGCAUUUUUCUUGGUUGAUCUGAAGUCUUCUGAGGGGGUUCCUCGUUUUGGAAGGAUAAGCUGGAGUUUUUCAGCGGGGAUUCGACGGGUCGUCGAUAGCAGUGGUGUACGGCGAGGUCACGGAUUGUGUUCAACGGAAGGAUUAGCCUGGGGGAGUUGAACUCCAGGUGGCUUGUGCUGGAAAAAGUUUUUCCGUCGUGGUGCAGAUGGAACAGUGAGGGAAGAAAGAAGAAAAAUGCAAUGCAGUAUUAAUAGGGAAAAGUUAAGGAGAUAAAGAGCUUGCAGAAGUAGCAAGGUAGCGAAAAACGGUAUUGCGGAUCGGAAGCUUGCGAGAGGAACAGCAACAGCAGCAGGACACGGCAGGGCACUGCAGCAGAGGAAAAUCAAUGGUGGAACAGACGAAAAUUUGAUAUUUUUGACUUUCAAAAUAACACACAGGCAAGAUACAGAGGGGGGCAAGAUAAGAGAGCGCCAACGGAAGAAAAAGUGGUGAGCAUUGGACACGAAGACAACGACGACGACGACGACGACGACUUCGACAGAGGACACACAGCUGAGACACGAAGUGGCACGAAGAGUCGUGCGACAAGGAGGGGAACGGGAAAAUCAAAAACUCAAAUAAAAUUAGCACAGUUUUUCUUUGGUAGGGUGAACUUUGUCUCCUCAUCCCCGCUCGUCAAGGAUCCUCUGGGGUUGGCAGAGUGCCCGCAGAGCAAAAGGACAAUUGUGGUACGACUGGAAGUCGUUAUCAGCGGAGAGCAUCACUGGACGCUAAAGGUUUCGGAACAAACAAGUCUCCAGCAAGAAGCCCAAAGUCGCCUUUUGUCUGCUGUCGAGGAGGGAUCCCCCUCUCUCCGGAGAUUCGGCUCUCAACCAACACCAGACGACGAUACGGAUCUCUCGCCGCAGAUUCCCUCUCUCGCUGUGAAGCACGCUACCGCUGGAGCAUCAAUCGUCAGUCUGUUCCAGAGCAGAGCCAACGAACCAUCGUCGGAAGAGCUGAUGCCGUUGUGACAUUCGCUCCGAUUGUGUAAGCAAAUAAGGUUAGGACACACCGUAUUCACGAACUCUGACACCAAGCUGUCAUAGCCGUCACCGACGAGAAGAAAAAGAAACAAGAGUCGACAACACACUCACAGUCUCACGCCGCCAGAGAGCACACCAAGAGUCACAUUGAGAAAACCACACGCCAGAAGAAAAGAAGAGUUGUUCAAGAAGGAAGCUAAUACCACACACACACACACUCACACACACCGGGAGAAACCGCACAGCAGGCGGCGCUGUGAAAUUCACACGCUCGGUCGGUGAAGUGGUGGAAGGAACUCGGGGUCGGACGUCGGAGUAGCAAUUAGUGAAUUACAAACAAAGGGAAAUAAGGGAAGGAGUCAAGAGUCAACCAGUGGAACCAGUGGUGCAGUGAGUGAUUUUUUUUGUGUUGUUGCUGCAGAAAGGAACGCGCGACGAGCACACUCUUGUGAAAUCGGUGUCAUCAUCGUUAAAUGCUCUCGACCGUCAACUUAUAGCUAUCACAUGCGAUCUCUCCAAGCCAUGGAGAUCCGAGGCCUAAUAACCCGAUUACUGGGUCCAUGUCACCUGCGACAUCUGAUACUGUGCAGUUUGGGGCUGUACUCCAUCCUCGUGCAGUCGGUCCAUUGCCGGCAUCAUGACAUCGGUAGUUCGGUGGCACACCAGCUAGGAUCGAAAUACUCACAAUCAUCCUCGUUAUCGUCAUCCUCGCAAUCGUCAUCGUCGUUAGCUGAAGAGGCCACGCUGAAUAAAGAUUCAGAUGCAUUUUUUACACCAUAUAUAGGUCACGGAGAUUCUGUUCGAAUUGUAGAUGCCGAAUUAGGUACAUUAGAGCGCGAGCAUAUCCAUAGCACUACGACCCGGCGGCGUGGCCUGACCCGGAGGGAGUCCAGCUCCGAUGCCACCGACUCGGACCCACUGGUAAUAACGACGGACAAGGGCAAAAUCCGUGGAACGACACUGGAAGCGCCUAGUGGAAAGAAGGUGGACGCAUGGAUGGGCAUUCCGUACGCGCAGCCCCCGCUGGGUCCGCUCCGGUUUCGACAUCCGCGACCCGCCGAAAGAUGGACCGGUGUGCUGAACGCGACCAAACCGCCCAACUCCUGCGUCCAGAUCGUGGACACAGUGUUCGGUGACUUCCCGGGGGCCACCAUGUGGAACCCGAACACACCGCUCUCGGAGGACUGUCUGUACAUCAACGUGGUCGUGCCACGGCCCAGGCCCAAGAAUGCCGCCGUCAUGCUGUGGAUCUUCGGGGGUGGCUUCUACUCCGGGACUGCCACGUUGGACGUGUACGACCACCGGACGCUGGCCUCGGAGGAGAACGUGAUCGUGGUUUCGCUGCAGUACCGUGUCGCAAGUCUUGGUUUUCUCUUCCUGGGCACUCCGGAGGCACCCGGUAACGCGGGCCUGUUUGAUCAAAACCUGGCACUGAGAUGGGUCCGCGACAACAUCCACCGGUUCGGCGGUGACCCCUCGCGGGUCACGCUGUUCGGCGAGAGCGCCGGAGCGGUCUCGGUUUCGUUGCACCUGCUGUCGGCGCUCUCGCGGGACCUGUUCCAACGGGCCAUCCUCCAGAGUGGCUCGCCGACGGCCCCAUGGGCGCUGGUUUCGCGCGAAGAAGCUACGCUUAGAGCUCUUCGUCUGGCCGAGGCCGUCAACUGUCCGCACGAUGCGACCAAGCUGAGCGAUGCCGUCGAAUGUCUGCGAACCAAGGAUCCGAACGAGCUGGUCGACAACGAGUGGGGCACGCUGGGGAUCUGCGAGUUUCCGUUCGUUCCGGUUGUGGACGGAGCCUUCCUCGAUGAGACACCGCAGCGUUCGUUGGCCAGCGGGCGCUUCAAGAAAACGGACAUCCUGACCGGCAGCAACACCGAGGAGGGUUACUACUUUAUCAUUUACUAUCUAACCGAACUGCUCAGGAAAGAGGAAGGGGUCACGGUAACACGCGAGGAGUUCCUACAGGCCGUCCGGGAGUUGAAUCCGUACGUGAACGGUGCCGCCCGGCAGGCCAUUGUGUUCGAGUACACGGACUGGAUCGAACCGGACAACCCGAACAGCAACCGUGACGCGCUGGACAAGAUGGUCGGGGAUUAUCACUUCACCUGCAACGUGAACGAGUUCGCCCAGCGGUACGCCGAGGAGGGCAACAACGUGUUCAUGUACCUGUACACGCACAGAAGCAAAGGAAACCCCUGGCCGAGGUGGACCGGCGUGAUGCACGGCGACGAGAUCAACUACGUGUUUGGCGAACCGCUGAACUCGGCCCUCGGCUACCAGGACGACGAGAAGGACUUUAGCCGGAAAAUUAUGCGAUACUGGUCCAACUUUGCCAAGACUGGCAAUCCCAACCCGAGUACGCCGAGCGUGGACCUGCCCGAAUGGCCCAAGCACACCGCCCACGGACGACACUAUCUGGAGCUGGGACUGAACACGACCUUCGUGGGACGGGGCCCACGAUUGCGGCAGUGCGCUUUCUGGAAGAAAUAUUUGCCGCAACUAGUAGCAGCUACCUCUAACCUCCAAGUAACUCCCGCGCCUAGCGUACCUUGCGAAAGCAGCUCAACAUCUUAUCGAUCCACUCUACUUCUAAUAGUCACACUACUUUUAGUAACGCGGUUCAAGAUUUAAAUCCGUGUUUUCUUUCCCGUUCCCGUUUUUCCGUUAAAGCUUCUUUAGGUCAGGUGAAAACAUCAACAAGCAGCAUCAAUUCUACUACUAAUACUAUUACUACUAUUAACUGAAAUGGAACAAUAAGAUUACCUUUUUCUUCUAAAUUUGUUCAACUGCUAAUUAAAUUCUAAAUAGGUGAAUGCAUCUUGCUCUGCAAACGAACGAUCGUACAAUUAUGUUGUAUUGUUUUUUUCUUUGUAAUAAUAUUCUGUAAACAGAGGUGAUAUCAUUAAUAUUUUACUAACCAUACAAUAAACAAAAUAUUUCCUGUUAUAAAUUGUGAUGAAUAUUUCGCUUUAACUACACCAUUGAAGGUUACUUAAGUUGAAAUAACAAAAAUUUUAUAUAAACAACUAACAAAUAAAACAGCUGCUAGAGACAACUAGACAUUAAAUCGAAAAAAACGUUAUUUUGAAAAAGAGCGAUUUAUGCACUAGCGGAGGUGAAUCCCUUUAUAAUCUUGAAAAGAGAGGAGGAAUGGAAGAAGAAGAAGAAGAAAAUAUUAUGAUACAAUAAAACCAACAUCUAAUUCUAACAAUCAACUGUUUACUUUACUAAAAAUUUGAAAAAAAAACUUUCUAUUAAAAAGAACACACUAAACCAUUACCGAUAAGAAUACAUAUAAACAGCCGAUCGUCGAUAAAAAUGGAAUUGUAGAUGACCGUUGCAAAAUAAUAGGAAACAAUAGUUAAUGUUAGAACACCUAAAACCUAAAAGUGAAAAGAAAAACAUAACAAAACAAGUUAAGAGAUGAAGAAAAAUAACACCUUCAAAGUAAUCGAAAGUAAGAAAAACUGAAAACAUAUCAUUAUAUAAUGUAACUCCGUUGUAAGCUGCUAAACAGAAAGAAGUAAAAAUAAAACAAACAGAACAAAAAACAAAGAAUAAAAUCACCCAAGUGUAGUUAAAUAUUUCUAUACAAUUUAUGGUGGCCAAUUUUAAUACGAAAUAAUGAGACAAGCGCUAGACACAAACAGACAACAACAAAUUGCAGAAGAAGAAAAAAACUGCACCGCGAUGGAGACAAACCUAGGGUGGCGCCCACUUACCAAAUUCCUUCGCAAAGUGGCGAGAGCGUUGAAGGUUGGAGCCAAUCUUCGCUACAAUAUUAAGACUAAGAAAAGAGUAUCGUAGGAUCCACUCAUUUAGAAGCGAAAGAAAGCGAGAGAGAGAGAGCGAGAAACAACAGCAGAAAAGAAAAGAGAAAACAAAACGCUAAUUACAAAGUAAUAUUAUAAAUGAAAACCAAUGCGACUGUGUUUAGGCUGCGACGUUUGGAUGUAAAAUUUCUUUGCUAGUUGCACACAUUCUCACAACAAAACAAACAAACCCAAAACCCCCGUAGAAAACUGAAUGGAAAUAGUUGAACGAAGAAAAAAAAAGUAAGAGUGUUCUUUAGGUUCCCCAAGAGUGUUACAACUCUGCCCAUAGAAACAAAAAAUAUAGUGUCGAAAACAAUUGUGAUGAUUCAUUUGAGGAAAGUCAUAAAAUAACAAAAAAUAAAAUAUUUAUCAAAAUUUAGCUCACCGAAAGCUUGCUCUCCCGAUCGUUUUCCGUGUAGGAUCAUUUUGAAAACUUUGUCUUGGAAUGUUACGAAAAUGUGUUUGGCACACGUUCGUCUAAGAACUCUUUACUCAGUGCUAUCACAAAACAUAUUUGUUUGCUCUUUUGAAGAUUUUUUGGCUGAAAGUUAAAGGAGAGAGAAAGAGCAUUGAACAAAAUCUCUCUUUUUCAACCUCUCUCCGGUCUUUGCUCAACAUAUUGCACGAGAGAGUAAUUCUUGAACUUAUCCAUAUUUGAUCACGCUACCAAUACAGCUUUACCAGAGCAGCAUAGCGAGAGAGUGCAACGUCAAAGAGAAUGAAUACGUUAUUUAUGCCUAUGCGCCUCUGUGGUUCAGGGGUAAAGAGGUAGACUUAAACGCGGAGAGCUCCGGUUCAAAUUCUGGUGAAACCUUUGAAGGUGGUAUGCUGUACUUAUAUUAUAUGGAAUUUUGACAAAUACAAAUUUGAGUAGGGGAGAGUGGGGAGACUUGAUCCCCUUUUUUUGUAUCGCACAUAACUCUGUCAAUUUCUCACAAAACUAUGAACUUUUUGCAUGAAUUGAAAGCUUAAACAUACAACUAUGUUUGGCUGAUAAGGGUAUUUCAUCAGAUAAACUCUUCGAAUCAUGCCAAGCGUUUUAAAAAAAUAUUUUAAACCGCCAUUUUCAAAAUGUUGGGGGUAAUUUGAUCCCCCAUUCAACAUUUUGAAGAAAUCUUAAGCAAAAUGUUUCUUAUUCAUCCAAACUUUUAAUUUUCUAUAAGUUACAGCAAUUUCACAUUAAACCUGUACGUUUGUGUUCAAAAUAUAACAAGUUUAGCAUGCAAAAUAUUUAAAAACUUAAAAUUUUCUUUUUUAGACCAAAAUUGAGCAUGUUUACAAAAGCUGGUAAUUUUUGUUUACAAAUUUUUUGAAAAAUGGUUCAAACUGCAGUAAGUUAUGUUUAACUAUACUCAGGGAAACUAUGUACGAAAACCCAGCCCAAUUAUUUAAUCUUGAGGCUGAUUCCAGUGACUGUAAAAAUGCAGGGAUCAAGUCUCCCUAAACGCACUUUUUUAAACAAUUGAUUGUAAAAUUAGUAUGACGAUAAAUUUAACGUCAAAUGCGUAAGGGUUUUGGAGUUGAUAUGUUUAUCAAACAAUUCAUGUAUAAAAAAUAUUUUUUUGAAUUAUUUUUGAGUGUUUUCUAAACUUAUCAAAACAAAGAAAAAAGAUCUCUUGGAAGUUUUUUGCAGCACUUUUUAGAAAAAUGUGUGUAACUCAAUCUAAACAUUUUUUAAUUUUUUUCUUUGUUUUCUACAAUGAGUUUUAGUUGAUUUCGCACAACUUUCUAGAACAAAGCCAAUUGUUUUACCCACAUGCUGACGAGAUACAGGCUUGGGAUCAAGUGUCCCCGGGGAUCAAGUCUCCCCACUCUCCCCUAUUACCAAGUAAAAAACUAUUUCUUUGAAAAAACUUUUUAUUUGUGUUUUGAAAAAUUGUAAUUCUUUUAAGUGGUGCCAAGCAAAUCAAUUUAGAGCUUUAAAGGUUCAACUCCCCCAAAUUCAAUUGAGUCCCACUUUUGGUACCGCUCCAGAGCAACUUUCGGUGAACACGGACCAAUUUUCGAACAAUAUAAGCUAAACCUGUGAAAGAUCUGUGAGCUAAUCGUGUGUAUAAAACAAGACAUAAACAAAAAUCAAUAUACAAAGCUGUAUUAAUUGGAAGUGCAAUGCUGAUAUAAACAAGAAGAAAACCAAAAACGCUUCAAAGCAAUCGGAAGUUUAGUUUUGUUCACCAAGUAAGUGUACUAAAAUCAUGCCUUUUACAUUACGUUUCGCAUUUACUAGCUUGUAGCCCCGUUGAUGUGAUGCUUCAGAAAAAAAAAACAAAACAAAAAGAGCCAUUUUCGUAGAACUUAAUUGGAAGGUGGCGCAAAGUACAAACUAUAAAAAAGAAGGUAUAAAAAAAACUUCACAAAUAAGAAUUAUUCCAUGAUGAUUGGGAAAUUGGCUGACAUUAAGAGAAAGAAGAAAAAACUUAGAAAUCCCGAAUUCCGCACUAGAAAUAUGAACUUUGAUGUCCCUAAGAGAUCCACAUGGUAACGAAUUAAGAAUAAUUACAAAAAAAGAAACUAGUUUCGAAACAACUGAAGCGUGGAACAUGGAAAUUGUAUUGCUCUUUGUUUUUUGUAGCUGUAGUAUCCAACAAAAAAAAAAGAAUUAACAAAAAAUCUAGCACUCACAAAUCAAUUUGUCAAACAAAUGAGGAAGAAAAAUCACUUGAAAAAAACAACGGAAUCAACGAUCGCUAAAUAAUGAAUAAUGAAAAAGAAGAAGAAAAACUAUAGCAUAAGUUGAGCAUAAGUCAAUAAAAACACCGUUUAAUAUAAGACAUGGACAAAACUCUAAAUAAAACAGCUAGCUUAGCUAAGUAAUCGAUAAGUGAAUAGAGAGAAACGGUGAUGAGAAAGCAAGAAAAAAUGUUCAUAAUACAUAUCAUUUAAUCUUAGAAUGUAUAAUCAUUUUAGGAAAACAUAUUUUUAUUACAGAACGUAAAAAAUAAUAGAGCUGUAAACCUCUUUCAAAUCAUGCCACAUAAAUAUGGAGAAUGUUGAGAAUGCUUCUACAUGCCAACGCUGAAUGCAGCAACUUUUUCCUCUCGUUAGCAGGUAAUGUUACAAUUUACUUUACCAGAUAUUUUUUCAGUUAAGCUUUUUUUGCCCGCAGUCCCAACCCUGCGCUAGACUGAUCUUGUUACCUUCAGCAUUGCUUGCAUUGCUGCAUGAAACGCAACCAAGGCAAACGAUGAUGGAGGUAGGCAUCUGUCAAGCGCAGAGUGAAGUGCGCUACCUAAAAAGCUCAAAAUAUGACAUCAAUCUGGAAUAAGAGCAGUUGAGAGUACUUUUAAACUUGUCAAACUUAUAAGUUCCACGUUUGAAAAGCCUUGUUUUUAAAUAUGUUCUUAGACGUAAGAUGAAAUUUUUAGAUAAAUCAGCCACACUCUUUGGGAGCCGAACAUCGAGCCAUAAGCGGAAGUGUCCAAUACGACUUGUUUGUUUACAUAUUUGUUUUCCGUUCUCUUGAGCAUUCCGUUCGUUCCAUGCACCCACUUUUGACACUCACAGUCAACUAAGCAGAGCAUCCUUUUCGACUAUAAUCGCAUAACAUAUAUUUGGCCUAAUAAUAAUUAAAACAAUAACUUUCCACACACACACAGAGAAACACUCUCUCACCACACAAACACACACACACCCAAGAAAUCAACAAAAAAAAAACAAGUAUAUUAAACCUUAUUCCAGCUUUGAUUAAGUAGAGUCGAUGAAUUUUAAUAAUUACAAUGAAAAAAAAAUAAAACUAAUCUUUAUCUUCUACACGCAAAAGAAUGAAAAACAAACCAAACUAUA